CAUCCUUUGGUUCUGUCGAAGGCGACGCGAGUCACUCGCUCGACCUCGUCACCCUCGGCUCGGUCCGGGGGAUAAGAGUUUGGGGAUCGGCGCCUCGGCGGAGGCGGCGUGGGAUGGCGCCGCGGAGAGGGAGGGUGGAGAUGCGGCGGAUCGAGGACCGGACGAGCCGCCAGGUGCGCUUCUCCAAGCGACGGAGCGGGCUCUUCAAGAAGGCCUUCGAGCUCGCCGUGCUCUGCGAUGCCGAGGUCGCCCUCCUCGUCUUCUCCCCCGGGGGGAAGCUCUACGAGUUCUCCAGCGUCUCCAGGCUGGACCAUGCGGCAUGCAUUGCCACUCGCCUGAACUUUGCGUGCGGCCUGGAGAGUACACUAGAUCGGUACCAGACAUUUACGAAUGCAGAAAAUGUUGUUCGCAAGCUUGAUGAUAAUGCACAGAAUCGUGAUGAAGAAUUUUCUCUUCUAGAAGCUAAUUCCAAAGUUCUGGAGAUCGGGAAAAGACUUGUCGAAACAAAUUUGGCAGAGAUGAAUGCUGAAGAACUUGGAAAAUUGGAGGAAGACUUAUGUUCUGCACUAAAAUGGGCAACAUCAAGAAAGAAACAAUUAAUGACGGGCUCACUAAACAGGCCGGAAAAGGAGGUAGUCGGCACCACGACGACGAGCAUUACCGAGGCGGAGCGCCGAAGUGACGGCAGCAACGACAGUGCGGCGGAAGGGGAGAGAGCGUGGGUGCGGCCACCGUCACGAGCAGCGCUUGGGGACGUGGACACGUAGCAUGGGGCGCGGUGACAGGCGGCUGCCGCAGGUUGCACGCGUGCCGUGAACGCUGUGGCCUGCGCUAUCCUUUCGGCUCCCGAUGCCUGGUGUAAACGUACCUCGUCUUUUUACGGCCUCUGUGUGUUGUUAAGUUGGCAUAACUAAUUGUUUGCCCGAUUCUGCACUGACACGUGCCUAGUACAAAUCUCACGUGAGGUACGGGGGCAGUAAACAAUAAUGCAUAGCUCAGGUGUCGUCUUCUUCUUC